AUUGUGGAGGGAGUUAUUCAUCGGCCGUUACAACCUCGCCUAAUACGACGCUGUCAAUGAUGUUUUUCCCACCUCCAAACGCAUAUAAUCUCAGGGAGGGUCCUCGCCGGCUACAUCAACCGAAACAAUCUAGGUAUAGGAUUCUCCUUCCCGAUUCCAGCGGGAGACGCAGAUUUCUAAAGAAUUCGCCGGAAGCUUACACCGCCGAGUCCAGUGAGUCACGCAGGUAUCAACAAGCAUGGAUUCACAUAUUAAGGUAUUGGUGUGUGUCAAUGGAACGUGGGAUACCCAUGGAAAUUUCAGUUCAAAGUACGACACUAUUAUCGAUGUCUGUUGCGAGGCCACUCUCAAUUCACUCAUGGACACUGUUAAAGCACACAUUCCUAUGGACUGGUCUCAAAAUGAUGUGCGUUUAUCUUACAUGGUUGCCUUGUGUCCACCGCCUAUCGUUAUUUCGGAUGAUGCUGAACUGCUCUUCUACUUGAGGUUGAAGUCUUACCAAAAUGACAUGUCAUACCUGCCAUUAUGCAUGGAGGUUUUACCUACUGAUCCAGUACGUGACAUGUUUGCUCAAGACAUUUCCUCAUAUGAUCCUGUUCCCGCCAGUAACACGUGCUACACUACACAAACUCUGGCGUGCACUCCCAACCUAACGGGGCAAAGCAACACAAACAACAUGUCCGGCAAAACCUCUAAUGGAAACACUGAUCCCUCCAACAGUAUGAAAAGAACCAAUCGAACCAAACGCAGGAGACCUUCUGCAAAACCAGAUGAUGUAAUUUCACACUAUCACCCGACCACUCUUCAACUUGACAGCAUUUAUAAGUCCAAGGAAGACUUAUGCCACCAUCUACAAAUGUAUGCCAUAUCUAAUAGCUUUCAGUACAAGACAAAGAGGUCGAAUAGAUCCGUGUUGCACGUUGUAUGCAUUGAUGACCGCUGUUCAUGGGCUGUGCGUGCGGUCAGUCUUGACAAAUCUCCAUUAUUCCAGAUACGGAGGUUUGAUUCAGAUCAUUCAUGCUCUGUUGACUUCCGUGAAGGUGAUCACAGACAAGCAACGUUAGCAUUCUUAGCCGAUCUAGUCCUACAUCGUUAUGUAGAUGCUACCAGAAAACAGUACCCUCCUAAUGACAUACAACACGACAUGCGUCGGGAGUUUGGCAUUGCAAUGUCAUACAGGAAAGCACUACUCGUGAAACAGAAGGCAUUGAAGAAGUUGUAUGGCUCCGAUGAAGAUUCAUACCACAUAUUACCAUCUCUUUGCUAUAUGCUGGAGACGAAGAACCCUGGCUCUUCCAUAAAUCUGUAUAGGACCGAAGAUCCGAGAUUCAAAUAUUUGUUCUUCUCUUUAGCACCGUGGAGACAAGCAUGGAAUCAUUGUGCCCCAGUUCUCGUCAUAGAUGGAACAUUCAUGAAAUCUUAUUACAAAGGAACACUACUAACUGCUUGCUGCCAGGAUGCCAAUAAACAGCUCGUCCCCAUAGCCUUUGGAAUAUGUGAAUCAGAAGAUAAGGACUCCUGGCUGUGGUUUCUUAGUCAAUUGAAAACCACCCUGACCCCAAGGCAUGAUCUUUAUAUUGUCUCUGACCGUCACGAGGGGAUCAUUCAUGCUGUUCAAAACGUUUUCCCGAACGCAGGUCACGGUUAUUGUACCGAACAUAUAGCUCGAAAUUUGCGUGUUAAAUUUAAAGGUCCUAAAGAAGACCUAACUUGGAAGUUUAGAAAAGCAUCACGUGCACCAACCGAGGUGGAGUGCGAGGAAUACCUUCAAAUGCUGGAUGAACAAGACUACCGAAUACGUGCAUACCUCAACCAAAUUGGUCAAACAAAAUGGGCACGAUUUAAAAGUGGCCCAUUCCGCUACUCUGUAAUGACUUCAAAUGCCGCAGAAUCAAUGAACACCGUCAACAACUCGGCAUGUGAAUACCCCAUUUGCAAGCUAGUUGAUUUCAUUCGUGAAAGGAUGCAGAAAUGGUUUCAUGAACGGUUUGAAACAGCCUCAUCUACAUCAACUAUUCUACCAAAGAACCUUGAGUCUGAAUUAAUUACGUUACAACGUGAUGCAUUUAAGAUGAAGGUUAAGCCAUCUUGCCCAUACGAGUUUGAGGUUGUUGACCGGUGGACCAGAACUUUCGUGGUUAACCUGAGAGACAAGUCUUGUACAUGUGGGGAUUUUCAAUUGGACCAUUUUGUAUGUGUACACGCUGUGGCAGCAAUAGGAUCUCGUCCAGGUCUAUCGUGUUAUAAUUUCAUCUCACCUUACUACAAACGCCAAGCAUUGGUAGCCACCUACAGCGGAAUUGUGCAUCCAUUAGGUGACAAGUCUACGUGGGACAUCCCGACCGAUGUUAAAUCACUAGUUUGCAAGCCCCCAUCAUGCACCAAGCGCCCUCCAGGAAGGCCGAAGAAGAGGAGGCUACCGUCCGUUGGUGAAUUCCACACCGGAAAAGGACGGAAAAAGCAGAAGUGCACACGGUGUUUGAAGAUGGGAUACAAUAUAAAAACAUGCAAAAACCCUAUACCAACUUGACAAUGUUUAUUAUUCAUUAGAUGUCUGCGUUGCAAUAUCUAAUAUCCUUCCACAUCUCUCCAAAGAAAACACAUACAUGUAU